AUGAAAUACAUAUUUAUUUUAAUAUCAUCAUUAUUAUUAUUGGCAACAGAAGUAUGUUUAGGACAAAAUGUAGUAAAUUUUCGGUGGUCAGUAGAUUGCAGUCAACAUUGUGAUUUCCAAGACCCCGAUAAUUGGGUUGGCGGUGAUGCUCCUGGAACAGGUGAUAUUGCAACAAUUGACCUUACAGAGUACAAGUACAACUCUGCUCUCAUUCAAUUGAGUUCCGAUAUCAUUAAUAUCGAGUAUAUCAAUAUCACUGGAGCACCUGAAAACUGUCAUUUCAUCUUUCAAAUCAACAAUAAUGCUCAAGUUAUUGCCAAUCAUUUCCUCGCCACUGGUAAUGUCGCAGUCAUCAUGGACAGCUAUGCCAAUGUCAUUGUCCAAUCAACGUUUAUGAUUGAUGACUCUAGACUUUUAGUCAAUACCAAUGCCGUCCUCAACAUGACCACCUUUACAUCAUCGCUGACCUGUUCCACUAUCAUUGGUCAAGGAUCCAUCCUUUCAGUCAUAGACUCUGCUUCGAUCGGAGGUACAUUGGAAUCAAUUGAUACUUCACAUAUCAAUUUCCAAGGCAAGAUUGUGUUUGCUGACAGUGCCAAUGUAACAGUGUCAGGUUCCAUCAAGUUUGGAGACGACCAAGUUAUUUUCCUCAAUGGUUCUACAUCCAUCUUUUCUCAAGGUCUCGAAUCGAGUGGUCAACUCUUACUAGACUAUUCCUAUGUAACUGUAUAUGGCUCGUUUAUUGCUAACCAUGUCAAUCUUACUGGUGAUUCAACACUCGAUAUCGUACGUUCAUCCUAUUCCAGAUCAGUGCAAACUCAAAUUGCCAGCAUUGUAUCUGAAGAUCUAUCGGUGUUUAGUGUCGAAAACCAUGAUCUUGCAACCAUCCAACAAUUCGAUUUAAAAGGAUACGCUCUUUUUAUCAAUACUACAUUAUCUCUAGUCGAUGGAGUUGCCAACACUAUUGUAUUUGAAGAACCAGUUAACGAUAUCACCAUCACAAAUUGCCUAAUCUAUUCGACCAUUACCCACAAUACAACAUCGCAAUUUAACCUUGUACUUCAAGGUACGACAGAAUUGUAUCAUGUCAAUGCUACCAAUUGUCAUAUGACCGUUAAUGAUCUGAUCUACUUUAUCGGAAGUAAUAUUGGAUUGUAUGGUCAAUCGUCAUCAAUAGAAAUAUUGAAUGGUUCGACCUUAGUCAUUUCCAACUCUUAUUUGACAGUUCCAAUCAUUUCAGCCGAUGGUGCAUCGAUCAAUAUCGCAGACCAAACCAAUAUCAUUGGUAAUGUUCAAAUAUCUUCAUCUAAUUUGACAUUUGGUGAAUUCAAAGUAGAAGGAGACAUGCUAAUUGGUGCACAAUCAAAUGUCAAUGUCGACGUUGAAACAUUCAGUACCCAGACUUGGAACACACCCGUUCAAAUCUAUGGUAGUUUGAAAUUCGCUGGUAACCAUCUAACAGUUCUUCCAACCACCACUCGUAUCGUUCCACCCAUCUCUUACUAUAUCUUGGAAGCUACCAAUACUCUCAGUAUUGAUACAUCAAUUUGUACCUAUUCAAAUGGAAAUGGAAAUAGUACAUUUUCACUUCAAGGAACAUACUAG